AUGGAGGCUGUGGUGAAGCUGAAUCGCAAGCUCGGGGUGGGCGGCCGCGGCGUUGUUUACGAGGGCUUCGAUCACGCCAGAGGGCACUUCGUCGCCAUCAAGGAGCUGGCCUAUAUGGAACCCAGCGUCGCUGACGAGGAGGACACGGAACUGGCUGCCAUUCUCACUGAACUCGCAUAUAUGCGCGAGGCACAACACCCCAACCUCGUCAAGUACUACGGCGCCCGCCGUAGUCCCAUCGGUAUUCAGAUUAUAAUGGAGUACGUAAGCGGCGGCUCGCUGGACUACGUGUUGAAACGCUGCGGCCCUGUGCGCGAAACCGUCGCCCGCGCCUAUACCCGCGAUGUGCUCGAGGCUCUGCACUACCUGCACAAGACAAUGCACGUGUGCCACCGUGACGUGAAGCCGGCAAACAUUCUCAUCACACCGGACGGGCGGUGCAAGCUGGCCGACUUUGGGGUCGCAAAGUAUGUGGAGGUGAUGACGCCGACGCACUCUGCGCAGGCAGCACGCGACAGCCAAGGCGUGGGAAAGGCGGAAGGGAGCACCUCGCCGCGCCACCGCAACGACGAGCGUCAAUGCUACCUACAGACGGCGGUGGGCACGCCGUGGUACAUGGCACCAGAGGUGAUCAACGGAGGUGUCGAGGACGACGACGACGAGGACGUGGCACUUGACGACGCAUAUGCGUUAACUGUGGGCGGCAACGCCAGCAACGGCAGCUCCAGUGAGGACUGGACGAGUAGUGGCUUGGCCCAUACAGCAUCCCACCCGCUCGCCUCGACACCCCCACUGUACUCAUCCUCCAACUACUACAACCCGCUGAAGCGGAUUGUGAAGAAGGGCCGGCUCGGCGCGCGCUCGGUCGGAUACACCACCAGCGCCGACAUCUGGAGUGUUGGCGUCACCGUGUACGAAAUGGUCACGGGCACGAAGCCUUUUGGCGCCGAUCUCUCCAACCCGUCUGCGGUGCUCUUUCGGAUCGCAAACUGCGCCGCAUCUCCUCCGCAGCUGCCAGCGGGCAUGCAUGUCUCCGUGGAGUUGCAUAACUUCUUGGACCUGUGCUUCGUGUACGACAAGGACCUCCGCGCGACGGCGGCGGAGCUCUUGGGCCACCCAUGGCUGCAGCCUGCUCGCAAGGGUAGCAACAGGGGCGGUGUCAGCGCCAGUGGAGCGAAACAGCCACAUCGCGUGCUCUCCAAUGCUGAGAACCUCUCGCAUUCUGACAUGCGCGUGGAUGAGUGCGAGCCAGUGCAGCGCCAUCAGCAGCCAGCGACCCGCCGCACCGUCUUUGACGGUGUCCCUCUCCUCGACGCCAUCGACCUUCCCGCCUACCCCGCAAUGACGGCGGCCUCGUCUCUGGUCUCCUCUGCGGCAACCGAAUGUGGCGCUGGUGGAGAGGGAGUCUAUCCUCCUCCUACCAGCUCGUCAGGAUGUGCGCAGCACAGCUUGCACCGCCUGUCGUGCAGCAGCGUUCCUCGCGGCUCACCCUCCAUCCUCAUGUCGCCGCCGCCAUCGUCCGUGUCUAUUGCGGAGCAGGCGGAGGCGUCUUCACGGUACGCAGCGGUACGACAGCGCAUUGGACACACCCGCGCAACCAACUCCGCGCGCACCGCUGUCUCAGCAGCAGCACCCGACGCGCAGUCAAGCGCCGGGAUUCUCUUGUCCACAUACGGAGAGUUUGUCGAUCUUCUGACACGCCCUUGA